AUGAUGAACUCCAAGAGAUCUGCACCUUCCGUCAAGGACGGAGCAGCCGAUGUGCCUGCCAAACGAGUGAAGGUCAAAAAAUCAUCUCCGAGCCAUCAAGAUGAGGUUCCUCUCAGAGACGGUUGUCCAGUUGAAAGCUCAAGCUGUAGUUCCCGACUUGUCCUUCUGGAACGCCUUGUUCAGAAUGCAGUCAAUGAUUCUGAAAUUUCAGCAUCAAAUCCCGAGGUGGCGCAUGCAGUCUCAGUCCUGAAUGAUGCCUUUAAUCGUUCUCCUGCACAUUCAAAACUCGGCCAAGAUUCUCCCCAAGUGUCAAAGACUCCAUCUUCCGAUCAAUCACUCACAGAACACAAGAACAAACAUUCUGGAAUUCCUCCAUUGCCACCAAUUGGAAAUGACCAAUUAGAGAAAUCUGUAUUCAUCCAUCCGGCAUGUGGUAAAACACACGAUACAAGUUAUGAUCGUCUGGAGAUCUUGGGUGAUGCUUACAUAGAGUUGAUUGCGACAAAGCUGGUGUGGAAUCGAUUUCCAGGAAUCUCAUCAGGCCAGAUAUCUCAAAUCCGUGAAAGCUUGGUCAAAAAUGAAACGCUAGCCAAGUUCUCCGAGGAUUACGGGUUUGAUCAAAAGGCCUCAGUACCAGCAGCUUUCUCCGAGCAGCCAAAACGAUUGCUUAAGACAAAAGGUGACAUUUUCGAAGCAUACGUAGCCGCGAUCGUACUAUCAAAUCCUCGUGACGGCUAUCAAAUCGCAGAGCAAUGGCUGACGAGUCUUUGGACACCAAUGCUGGCUAAGCUGGGGCAUCAGAAGGCGGAAUUGCGCUCUAAAGAGGAGUUGGCGAAAAAGAUCAUGGGGAAAGGCAUUAAGCUGGAAUAUAUUUCUGAGCGCGAUGCUAUUCAUGAGAAAGGCACUGGUACCCAGACUUACUUCAUUGGAGUCUACCUCACCGGCUGGGGUUGGGAAAAACAGCAUCUUGGAUCUGGCUCUGGCUCUGGCAAAGCGGCAGCAGGUGAUGAAGCGGCUCGAGACGCUCUGGCCAACACGUCACUGAUAUCCAAGAUCGCUGCAGUGAAGAAAUCAACGGAGAGGAGCAAAUGA